CCUGUACAACUCUGGGGGGGGCUCACGUGGUGCUGGGGGCACCUCACUCUGUGCUAGGGGGUCCUGGUCUGUCCCAGUGCUGGCUGUGGGGUGCGCAUUGAGGUGGAGACCCCGCUCCUGGGGACCCCACUCCUGGGGACCCCGCUCCUGGGGACCCUGCUUUUGGGGACCCCGCUGCGGUGGCUCGUGGCCCCGUUGGCUCGUGGCCCUGGUGGCUCGGGCACGCUCCCGAGCAGCAGCUUUGUGUGCAGAGCCGGGGCCAGCAGAUAAGGAGCCUCCUCCCCGCUCCCACCUGCCCGCGGGACUCGUGCCAUACAAGCAGGGACACUCGCCCCAGCUGCCUCGUAUGGCCGUAGCCAGGAGCCCCCCCCGGGUUGUCCCGUGUCCCCUUGCGGGAAGGCAAGCCGGGUGUUCCCCUGUGACCCCAAAAGACCCCAGGUUUCCCUCGGUGUCUGCUUUGGGGUCCCCAGAAUUGGCAAACGCCUCUCCCCCCAUUUCGGAGCUGUGUCAGCCGGGGCUGAUCCCACCCCGCCGUUGGCCAUAUGGGAUCCCUGUAGGGUCUCUGUAGGGCUGCCAAGGAGCCUCGGGGAGGAGGGGGGGGUCCCGGCCCUCCCCACCCCCUCCGUGCUGGGGAAAAGGGGUUCAGAGUCCGCUGUGGGUUCGGUGCGGGCGGGCAGGGCAAGGCAGUGCAAAGAGCAGCUGGGGCGGGGGGGGGGGGUGGCAGCACCGUGAGCAGCGCCCUUUCCCCUCGGGGGGGGCACCGAACCCCUCGGCAGCCCCCCAGCUUUACUGGGGGGUUUCCCUGACCCGCCCCGAUCCCACAGCCACCCAUCAGAGGGGUGACUUUGGGGUGCUGCGGAUGGGCAUGGGGGUGCCCUGUGGGCCCCCACCCCGCUGCCAGGGCUCCUUUUGGCUCCGUGCCCCCCCCCUCUUCAGCUUCUCUCAUUUGGGAACAUCCCUUCCCUGCUCCGUGCAGGAUUUGGGGUUUUUGGAGGGGUCGGAGAUGCCCCAAGACCCUCAGAGGGGUAGCAGCACCCCGGGGUGCUGCCGUCCCCAUCCCGGACCCGAACCUUCCCAGCUCUCCAUCCUGCAGCCGGGGGCUGACCCCCCCCCUCCCCACCUCCAGCCCCCCAAAAUCUGGCUUUAGCUGGGGGCUCUGCAAAAAAAUAUCCCAAAGGGCAAGGAGGGCGGCAUCCCAUGGCCAGACCCAGCACCCUUGGCACCACCACAUCCCAAAAACGGUGUUGGCACCCCAGGGUGCCCCAUGCCCCCCCAGCUGGGCGCAUCGUGCCCCCCUUUACCCCCCCCUUUACUUUGGGUGCUGCUUUUCCCACGCCCUGGGGAGCGUGGGGGGGUGGCGGGGCUGGCUCCAAGGGGGGGGGCCCUGGGUGUGUGUGUGUGUUUUUUGGGGGGGUGGCGGUGACGGGCAGAGCCCGGGCAAGCCCGGGGAAGGCAGCGGCGCUGUUGAAACCCAGCGUUGGCAGGAGGAGCGCCCACGGCCCCCGGGGGGAGAGGUUGCUCUGAUGCUUGGGCUGGGCGCUGGGUGUAGCCCCUGGCGCCGGGGCUGUUGGCAGGAGGAGCUGGCGGGGGGCCCGGACCCCCCCUUUUUUUUUUAAUCCCCCCCCCAAGACCUCAGGCUCCUGCUGGCGCUUCCUUUCCCACCCCCAGCACCGUAUCGGGGCGCUGCGGUGCCCCCUCCCCAGGCAGGGGUGGGUUGGAGGUGGUGUGGGGGGGUCCCGCAGUGUCCCCCAGGGUGGGGGGCUCAGGGUUUGGCCGCCUGCUCUGGUUCUUUCCGUCCUGUCCCCCCCCCGUUGGGGUCUGGCUGUGCCUGGCUCAGCUGUCGUGUGCCUAAUCCUGCCCGGCUGGGGGGGGCGGCAGCUGGGACGCAGGAGGGGACCCCCUUGUCCUUUGUCCUUGGUGGCUGUGUCCCAGCCUUGGCCGGAGCCCCCCCCCCAGCUGCACGAGGGGUCCAAGUUGUCCCCCCCCUCCCGGCUCGGCUCCGUGCCUCAGUUUCCCCACUGCUCCAGGAGGGGGGGAGCAGCCGAAGCCCCGCACUUGGUGACGGGGACACGUGGGUGGCCACGGAUGGGGGUGUCCGGGGGGGGGUCAGGGGUUGGGUUCCAGCAGGAGGGGGGCCCUGGAUGUCCCCCCCCUCCCCGUUCCCAUCCCAAAUCUCGCUGGCAGCCGCUCGGGGUCUGCUGUGGGGCAGGCGUUUCCCAUGCGCUCCCCGUUCCCCAUUGGGGUGCUCGGGGGCAGAGCCGGGGAUUGGGGCAAACCUGCUCGGGUGGGGGGGGUGCGGGGGAGGCAGCGAAUUCCCACAGGAGCUCGGGAGGGCCCUGGCUCCCUGGGGGGGCGGAAAACAGCCCCCGGCGCCUCUCCUGCCCCUCCCCAUGAAGCUGGGUGCGCUCCCCGGGGAGCCGGAGCUGUGCCGAGCAGCCACGGGGACCCCGCUGCCAUGAGGGACGUGCUGGGGGGGGCCCUGUGGGACAGCCCGGCCUGGGAACAGGCCAAGCGGAAGCUGGACCUGGAGGGCCUGGACUUCCGCACGCCCAAGGGGAAGGGCAGGACCCUGGCGCAGCUCCCCAGCCCCAGGACCCCCAAAUCCCCCGGGGAGAAGACGCGCUACGACACCUCGCUGGGGCUGCUGACCAAGAAAUUCAUCCACCUGCUGAGCGAGUCGGCCGACGGCGUGCUGGACCUCAACCGCGCCGCCGAGGUGCUGGGGGUGCAGAAGCGCCGCAUCUACGACAUCACCAACGUGCUGGAGGGCAUCCAGCUCAUCCGCAAGAAGUCCAAGAACAACAUCCAGUGGAUGGGGACGGGGAUCUUCGAGGACGCGGCGCUGGCGGCCAAGCAGCAGGCGCUGCGGGGGGAGCUGGCCGAGCUGGCCAAGGGCGAGCGGGCGCUGGAGCAGCUCCUGCACGACUGCGCCCUGCAGCUCCGGCAGCUGACGGACCACGAGGACAACCAGAGGCUGGCGUACGUCACCUACCAGGACCUCCGCACCAUCAGCAGCUUCCAGGAGCAGACGGUGAUCGCCGUCAAGGCUCCCCCCGAGACCAGGCUGGAGGUGCCGGACUUCAGCGAGGACAACCUGCAGCUCCACCUGAAGAGCACCAACGGCCCCAUCGAGGUGUACCUGUGCCCCGAGGAGAUCCCGGAGGACAGCCCCACCAAGCAGCACGACGUCCCCCCCGCCACCACCACUCCCCCCCCGCAGGACAGCAGCACCCACCCCUCCCUACAAAACAACCCCGAGCCCCCCGGCGCAUCCCCGCAGCCCCUCCACGGGCACCGUGCCCCAUCCUUGUCCCCGUCCCUGCCCCUCUCCAGCCCGGGGGGGCCCGGCUCCCUGCUGGAGGUGGGGACGGGGCUGCUGGGCUCCCCCCAGCACCUCCUGCAGCAGACGGAGGACCAGCUGCCCUGCGCCCCCUCCUACCUGGACUCGGGUCCCUUCGUCACCUUCUCGCCCCCCCUGGAGCAGGACGACUACCUCUGGGGGCUGGAGGACGGCGAGGGCGUCAGCGACCUCUUCGAGGCGUACGACCUGGGGGAGCUGCUGAAGAACUGAGCCUCUGCUCCCCGAUGCCACCCCCCUUUUGCCUGCUGUCCCCCCCCCCGUGCCUGUCCCCAAGGUGGGUGGGAUGGAGAGCGCAGCGCCCUGCGUGGCUCUGCCUUGGUUGGGGGUUUUGGGGGUCCCAGGGCUGUGCUCCCCUCCGUCACCCCCACGGCUUGAGGGCUGCUGGCAGACCUGGGGGGGCUUUGUGUGCAUGGCACGGGGUUAGGGGCACCCCAGCCCCCCCCGGGCAGCACAGAAACCCCUGCCCAGAAGGGGCUUUGCUGGGUGUGGGGUCACAUUUUGGGGCUUGCUCCCCAGUCCGACUGGUGCUUCGGGGUGGUGGCUGCUGGUUUGGGUAUUACGGGGCACGGUGCAGCUCUCCUGGGGUUUGAGCCGAUGGAUGGAACGCCACCGAGGUGGUGCUUCCCCCCCCCCAGAGCUGAAAUAUCCUUAAAAACUAUUAGCCAAGAUGAAAUCACCUCUUGUUAAAGGGGGGAGGGCGCUGAACCUCUUAAACCAGCAGGCAGCAAACUGGGCAGGGAGCAUCCCCUCUCCUGCCUCUGCCGGCUCCCUGAGAGCUGUCGGUGCUGGGGGGGUCUGAACUGGAGCUUAAUGGGCAGGAGGUGGUGGUGACUGGGACUGGGGGGGUGCUGGGAGCAGGGUGGGGGGGUUGGUGUGGCUGUGCCAGCGGCAGAGCCAGGUGCGCCACGGACCCCUUGGUCCUUCCCAGCUGUGCCCCACAGAGAAACCCAAGCUUUUCCCUAAUUGUACCGCUUUCCCCUUCCUCGCUGGGGGGCACGGAGGCCUGGCCCCCUCUCCCCAUGCUGGGAUCAACCUGGAGCCGAUUCCCUGCGCUGAUUUUUCCCCUGGGGGCCGGGCGCUGGGGCUGGAGGUGGCCACUUGGGUUUGUGCUCCCCACGGCCUCAUCCCGCAGCAAGGAUGCGCUGAGGGGGGGGGGGAAAAUCCUGCCCUGGACCCCAUCCCCUUGGGAACUUCGGGCAGAGUUCCUCCCUCCAGGCUUCUUCUCCUGCCCUUGUAAAUUGUACCUUAAUUAUUGCACUGUAUUUAUACGGGACCCACCUUCGGCACGGCGCUGCCGAGGGUUUCUUUGGCGUGUCGGGUGUUUAAGCGAGUGUAUUUAAGGCGUCCUUCCUCGAGUUCGCUCUCCUGCAGUUUGGCUUGGACGUGGUGUGGGUGAGGAUGUGUUUUGGUGUGAAAAAAAAAAAAACUCGUGGCACUUGGUGUUUUCUGCUCGGGAGGGGAUGAAAUGAAAUAAAACUUGGGAGUCAGA